AGCUUCCGGUGUCCUGAGCGGUGCACGCGCGCUGCUCCUCUCAUCGGAUUCAGUGUCAAACUUUAAACUUUUCUUCAUAACUGGUUGAAAAAUCAGUUUGAACAGUUUUUCUGCAGGUGGAGAAAGAAAAAAGCUGCGAAGAUGCCGCGAAUUAUGAUCAAAGGAGGCGUGUGGCGCAACACGGAGGAUGAAAUCCUCAAGGCGGCGGUGAUGAAAUAUGGGAAAAACCAGUGGUCUCGAAUUGCCUCCCUGCUGCACCGAAAGUCUGCCAAACAGUGCAAAGCCAGAUGGUACGAGUGGUUGGACCCCAGCAUCAAGAAAACAGAAUGGUCCAGAGAAGAGGAGGAGAAGCUGCUCCAUUUGGCCAAGCUGAUGCCCACUCAGUGGAGGACCAUUGCUCCCAUCAUAGGACGCACUGCUGCCCAGUGUCUGGAGCACUAUGAAUACCUGCUAGACAAGGCAGCGCAAAGAGACAAUGAGGAAGAAGUGGGAGACGACCCCAGGAAGUUAAAACCAGGAGAGAUCGACCCCAAUCCUGAAACUAAACCUGCCAGACCCGAUCCUGUGGACAUGGACGAAGACGAGCUGGAGAUGCUGUCGGAGGCCAGGGCUCGACUGGCCAACACGCAGGGCAAGAAGGCCAAGAGGAAGGCCAGAGAGAAACAGCUGGAGGAAGCCAGACGGCUGGCUGCUCUGCAGAAGCGCAGAGAGCUGAGAGCGGCAGGAAUCGAUGUUCAGAAGAAAAGGAAGAAGAAGAGAGGAGUGGACUACAACGCUGAAAUCCCCUUUGAAAAGAAACCUGCAGCGGGUUUCUAUGACACCAGCAUGGAGCAAUACAACGCUCUGGAGCCAAACUUCAAACGACUCAGACAGCAGCACUUGGAUGGAGAGCUGCGCAAUGAGCAGGAGGAGAGGGAGAGAAAGAAAGACAAACAAAAGAUCAAGAAGAAGAAAGAGAGCGACCUGCCGUCUGCCAUCCUGCAGACCAGCGGAGUGGCCGAGUUCACCAAGAAACGCUCCAAACUGGUUUUACCUUCACCGCAGAUCAGUGAUGUCGAGCUGGAGGAAGUCGUCAAACUUGGCGUCGCCAGUGAGGUCGCCCGCCAAGCUGCAGAGGAGAGUGAAAGCGGAAACUCAGCCUCCUCCGCCCUUCUGUCGGAGUACAGCGUCACCAACGCCAUGGCAACGGGGCUACGGACCCCACGCACCCCUGCUGCACAGGACAGGAUACUGCAGGAAGCUCAGAACCUGAUGGCUCUGACCAACAUCGACACCCCUCUGAAGGGAGGCCUCAACACGCCGCUGCACGAGAGCGACUUCAGUGGAGUGACGCCUCAGCGGCAGCUCGUCCAGACGCCCAACACUGUCCUCAGUACACCUUUCAGAACACCUUCACAAGGUCAGGGGCAGGAGGGCAUGACUCCUCAAGCUGGAGGAGCGAUGACCCCGCGCGGGACGGCGACCCCGGGUUUGACCCCCGGGCGAACUCCGCUGAGAGACAAACUGAAUAUUAACAGCGAGGAGCAGCUGUCUGACCCCGCGUACGCUAAACACCUGCAAAGGGAGAGCCUGCAGCAGCUGAGGCAGGGCCUGAUGUCACUUCCUGUUCCAAAGAACGACUUUGAGAUCGUUCUUCCCGAAAACGCAGAGAAGGAGCUCGAGGAAACGGAGACAGAGACGGGAUUCGUUGAGGACUCAGCAGACAUCGAGGCACGCAAACAGGCUGUGCGGGAUGCUGAAAGGGAGAAGGAGCUGAAGCUACGGCACACGUCUGUUCAGAGGAGCCUCCCCAGACCCACAGAG